ACAGAGGAGCAAAUGGGAUUCAACAAGUUCUCUCUGCCAGCAGUGGCGGUGAUAAUGAUGAUUAAUGCCAUGCUUCUAUCACAAGGGUGUUUGGAGGAAGAACGAAUUGCUCUUUUGCAGAUCAAAACUUCCUUUGGUGACCACCCAAAUGACAAUUCAUCCCCGCCAUUCUCUUGGGGAAAAGAUGCCCUCUGUUGCAGCUGGUAUGGAGUUACCUGCAGCAAUUCCACUACAAGACGAGUCAUCGAAAUCGAUCUUUCAAACUCAAGAUAUUGGUCAUUGGAAGAUUUGUACCUAAAUGCAUCUAUAUUUCUUCCCUUCCAAGAACUCAAUGUUCUUGACUUGAGUGGAAAUGGCAUAGCUGGCUGUGUUGCGAAUGAAGGUUUCGAAAGACUAUCAAGACUUACCAAAUUGGAGGUUCUUUCUUUGGGUGAUAAUUUCCUCAACAAUAGCAUCUUAUCAUCCUUUAAAGGAUUUUUAUCUCUCAAACAUCUAUAUCUUGAUAACAACGGGUUUCAAGAUUCAAUAAAUAUGAAAGGUACUUAA